AUGGCCGUUCAGGAGCUGGGCAUCAGCCUGUCCAUGAUCGGGGUCGCCGGGUCCAUCCUGAUCUGCGCCCUGCCCAUGUGGAAGGUGACGGCGUUCAUCGGCACCCACCUGGUGGUCAUGCAGGUGUUCUGGGAGGGUCUGUGGAUGACCUGCGUCAGCGAGUACACCGGCCAGAUGCAGUGCAAGCUCUAUGACGCCCUGCUGGACCUGUCGCCGGACCUGCAGGCGGCCCGAGGCCUCAUCUGCAUCGGCCUGGUGCUGGGGUGCCUGGGCUUCCUCGUCUUCCUCCUGGGGGCGCGCUGCACCAACUGCCUGGGCCACCCGAGGGUCAAGGCGCGGCUGGUGCUGGGCUCCGGGGCCGUCUUCUGCCUGGCGGCCCUCGUCAACGUGGUCGCCGUCUCCUGGACGGCCAACUCGGUCAUCAGCGACUUCUACAACCCGCUCGUCCCCGAGGUGCUGAAGAGGGAGCUCGGAGCGGCCAUAUACAUUGGCUUCGUGGCGUCCGGGCUGCUGUUCUGCGGGGGGGCCAUCCUGUGCACAAGCUGCCCGCCACAGGGGGCCCGGUUCCCCUCUGACGGGUACACCCUUGCCAGGACACCAACACGCAGCAGCUACGCCAUCAAGAACUACGUAUGA